AUGAUCGAUUGGUUUUAUGGAAAUUGUGCUAAAAACGUUCAGGUUUGCAAGAGCACGUGCAAGGGACUGAGAACAAGCUUCAAUAUCAUACUUUUCCCCGAGGGUACAUGCAUCAACAAUACGUCUGUUAUGAUGUUCAAGAAAGGAUCUUUCGAGAUUGGCAGCACAAUAUAUCCGAUAGCAAUGAAGUACGAUAGUCGGUUAACGGAUGCGUUUUGGAAUAGCAGCGAGCAAUCUUAUGGGGAAUAUUUAUGGAGGAUGAUGACGUCAUGGGCGAUCAUUUGUGACGUUUGGUAUCUUCCGCCAAUGACAAAACAGGAAGGCGAGGACGCGAUAGCGUUUGCUCGACGAGUGAAACGAGCUAUAGCUAAGAAAGGAGGACUAGUUGAUUUGGAAUGGGAUGGCGCUCUGAAGCGAGAACGUGUGUCUUCCAAAUUGAUCCAACUCCAACAAAAGCUUUAUUAUGAUCGCUUGACAAGGACGACAACAAUCAACAAUAUUGCUGAGGAAGAAAUGCAAACGGAUGUACUAGAUAUUAUGCAGUCGAUUAGCGAAGAAGAUCGUAACUCAUUGAUGAAGCAACUUGAUGAAACUGACGACGAUGAAGCCAUCAUACGAAAGGUAAGCCAGUACCGACACGAUCUCCGGAAGUUAUCGGACACGAUGGAUGCUGCGGUGGAACCCGAUUCAAAGCAUGUUUGA